CUUCCCAUAUCGCAAGACGCAAAUUGCAGCCCGAAAUCGUUCCUCUCUCGCAAGCUGGAGGCCAGCCCCCCUUCCCAAUUCUUCUCUCCGUCUCUCGCGUCUCCCUUCGGCCUUUCGUUCUUGAUUCGAAACUUUCGAAAAUAUAGCUUUUCUCAACUUUUCCUCACCCAUCAAUCCUUCCUCAUUAUCCCCAAAGUUUUCUCUUCCGAUCGACAGAAAAUUCUUCGCCCAAUUCUAGGGUUUCCCAUUUGCAAGAGAAGGAGUUUAAAGGGUGGAGUUCUGUCGUGAAGAGAUUUCUUAUAAGAAAUGGCUGAUCAAGGCUUGGAAGGAGCCCAACCCGUUGAUCUUAAGAAGCAUCCCUCAGGAAUUGUGCCUACCCUCCAGAACAUUGUGUCAACUGUGAAUCUGGACUGCAAGUUGGAUCUAAAAGCCAUUGCUCUGCAAGCUCGCAAUGCUGAAUAUAAUCCCAAGCGUUUUGCUGCUGUUAUCAUGAGAAUAAGGGAGCCAAAAACUACAGCAUUGAUAUUUGCAUCAGGAAAGAUGGUCUGUACUGGAGCUAAGAGUGAACAACAAUCCAAAUUAGCUGCAAGAAAGUACGCCCGAAUUAUCCAAAAACUUGGUUUUCCUGCCAAGUUCAAGGAUUUUAAGAUUCAGAAUAUUGUUGGCUCAUGUGAUGUUAAGUUCCCCAUAAGGCUCGAGGGUCUUGCUUAUUCACACGGAGCCUUUUCAAGUUACGAACCAGAGUUAUUUCCUGGAUUGAUAUAUCGGAUGAAACAACCAAAGAUUGUGCUGCUCAUUUUUGUCUCUGGAAAAAUAGUUCUAACUGGGGCUAAGGUGAGAGAGGAGACAUAUACAGCCUUUGAGAACAUAUACCCAGUGCUUACAGAGUUCAGGAAAAACCAGCAAUGAUAUUUUGGUUUUGGAUUAGCCAUCUGGGAAGUCGAUUUUCCUUCAUCCUUGGAGAACAAACUGACUGGCACAGACACAAGGUAGCCGGAAAGAAGUGUAUUUAUCGAGAGAUUUCUUCCAGUUUGAAGAUAUAUGAAAGACUUUCGGUUUUUGGCCUUAAAAUGAAGGGGUUUAGUCUAGUGAAUCAGCGUCUUCACUUAAGUGUCCGUCUGUCUAUGCGAUAAAAAGUGGAGGGAAGCCAAUGGAACCCUUUUUUUUUUUUUUUUUUUUUUUUUUUUUCUUUUUGAUAUAUGUGAUAUUAUGUAAUCAAAAUGGGGGAUUGUGUAUAGAAGAUUUUUUGUUCCAAUAACUGACACUAGACAAUUAUGCAAUUUAUAUUAACCUUCACACAA